GAUUAUCGGAGCACAUCGGUUAAUGCCAAACAUAACACGAUGGCUGCUUCGACUAAUAAGGAUGAUAAGUACGGAGCGCAUUUUACAUUUAUUUGGAAAAUCAAACAUGCUCCCAGAUUUGGGCGGUGGGAAAGCCCGGAGUUUAUUGUUAAGUCUAUGGAGAUGACGAAAUGGAAUUUAAUUAUGAUUGUUUUUAGUCAAGGAGGAGCACUUUUAUGGAUUGAAAGAGUGGCGGAGGACAGCGGACCGGACAGUAUCGAAGUAGAGUUCGAACUUUCGUUCCUUGAUGCUAACGGUUCGUCAUUAACUGAAAAAUCCGGCACUGGUCAGUUCCGAAGGGAAGGAUGUUCUCAGGAAUUAGUGAUUCCCCAAACGAAUGCAAUUUUCAAAGAAAGGAAACCUAUAUUCCGGCCAAGAGAUACGCUAACCGUUCGAUGUCGCAUGUCGAGAACGAGAACCAAAAUAUCAAAAUCUGAUUUGUGCUUCGCUACUACUCACUUCCAGGUGUAUAAACGUUCUUGCUUUUGGGCCAUAAGGGAGUUCAGUUCUCUUCGGCGAUAUGAAAAGUGGACCCUGCACCUGAAUUCAAUUAUGGAAGGAUGUCCAAAUCUGUUACUGGCUGUUAAUUUAACUAAAAGGAAUGGUAAAGAAUUUAUAUUUUUUGAUUUGGAAGUACCUAACAUAGAAAAAUAUUAUGACGUAGAGGCGGAAAUUGCUCUUUUAGAUGCAGAAGGAACGGUUUUUCUUUCCAAACGAACUUCAGCAGCUCUGAAUACAAGAUCAAAAAUUUCCGAAUUAAGUGUUUUUGAAAAAGAUAAGUUGACAACCAAUGCAGCAGUUUUGUUAUCGGACGAUGUGCUUCUCGUGCGGUGUGAAUUUAGACUUACAUCUCAGCCUCCUGUCCUGAACAAAAUAGAUGGCUACAAAAUAUUACAUUAUUUACAUUUGAAAUCGUCUGACACAGAGAAGAAAGAAACAUCUUCUGAGGACUUGAAUGAGCCUGCCGUAUGUCCUUUUAAAGAGAUUAUCAAUAGUUUUAAGGACGAUAAAACUUUAAGUGACGUCAGCCUCCGGGCUGGCACCGUAUCCUUUCCUGUCCACAAGCUCAUUUUGAGCAGCCGUUCUCCCGUUUUCAAAGCGAUGUUUACCAAAGACAUGAAGGAAAAGACGAGCACAUGCAUCGAUAUUCCCGACAUGGAUGCAGACACACUGCAUCAACUGUUGUUUUAUAUCUACGAGAAUAAAUUGCAAAAACUCACGUGGGAGAUGGCGGCAAAUUUGUUCGAAGCUGCCGAUAGGUACGGAAUAAUGGAUUUGAGUGAAAAAUGUUCAAAGUUUUUAAAAUCGAAUCUCUCCGAGUCUAAUGUAUGUGACAUUCUAGUUCUUGCAGACAUGCACCACGAUGAAAAUCUACGAAAGUCGGUGCUGGAUUUCAUACAAAAAAAUUCGGAAAUAAUUUAUUCCGAUGGUUGGAAAGUAUUCAAAGAGAAUCAUUCCAAAUUGGCGUGGGAAACAGCGGAGGAAAUCAUUUAUAGUAUGAAACACGCCAAACCUUAAAUGUAAGAUUUAAAAAAAGUGCUAAAAUAUUUGGAGUCUGUUUUUUUUAAAAAUUACAUUCGUAUAAAAAUUAUUUAUUUCUAUUUUGUGCUUUAUAAGAACUCUGAAAAUUUAUCUAAAGAAAGGUGUUUGUAUUUUAUGACGUAAUAUAAUUUUAAUAUAUUGCUUUCUGCCUUAUAAUUAUUUUAAGUAGUCU